CCCCUUCUGCGCUUCUCCCUCCGGGACUACGGUUUCUGCAUGGCCACCCUGCUGGUCUUCUGCUUGGGCUCCCUCUUCUACCAGCUCAGCGGGGGACCCCCUCGCUUCCUGCUGGACCUGCGACAGUAUUUGGGAAAUUCCACUUACUUGGAUGACCACGGACCCCCUCCUAGUAAGGUCCUUCCUUUCCCCAGCCAGGUGGUGUACAAUAGGGUCGGCAAGUGUGGGAGUCGCACUGUGGUCUUGCUUCUGAGAAUCUUGUCAGAGAAACAUGGAUUCAAUUUGGUCACAUCAGAUAUUCACAACAAAACCAGACUAACUAAAAAUGAACAAAUGGAACUGAUUAAAAAUAUAAGUACUGCUGAACAGCCCUAUUUAUUCACUCGACAUGUUCAUUUCCUCAACUUCUCAAGGUUUGGAGGAGACCAGCCCGUCUACAUCAACAUCAUCAGAGAUCCUGUCAGUCGGUUCUUAUCUAACUAUUUUUUCCGUCGCUUUGGAGAUUGGAGAGGGGAACAGAAUCACAUGAUCCGCACCCCUAGUAUGAGGCAAGAGGAACGCUACCUGGAUAUCAAUGAGUGCAUUCUUGAAAACUAUCCCGAGUGUUCCAACCCCAGGUUAUUUUACAUCAUUCCGUAUUUUUGUGGACAGCAUCCCAGAUGCAGGGAGCCUGGUGAGUGGGCCCUUGAACGCGCAAAGCUGAACGUGAACGAAAACUUCCUGCUCGUGGGGAUCCUCGAGGAGUUGGAAGAUGUGCUGCUUUUACUGGAAAGAUUUUUACCUCAUUACUUUAAGGGUGUGCUCAGCAUCUACAAGGACCCAGAGCAUAGAAAACUUGGAAACAUGACUGUGACCGUGAAGAAGACUGUGCCCUCCCCGGAGGCCGUGCAGAUUCUCUACCAGCGAAUGAGAUACGAGUAUGAGUUCUACCACUACGUCAAGGAGCAGUUCCACCUGCUGAAGCGCAAGUUCGGCCUGAAGUCCCUCGUGAGGCAGCCCCUGAGACCGCAGUUCUUCAUCCCCACCCCGCUGGAAACCGAGGAGCCGAUCGAUGACGAGGAGCAAGAUGAUGAGAAGUGGCUAGAAGACAUUUAUAAGAGGUGAUGCCAACACUGGCAUGGGUUGCCUCCAUGGCUCUAUCUCCCUCUCCAGAAAGAUUUUUGUUUGGGGGAAGAAAACAUCGUGAAGGGACUUUAAAUUAAUGCUCGGGUGCAUUAAAAAGAACAAAACAUUCCCACAUGUUGGGGUCAUUGGCAGAUGCCCGGUUUUGCGGGUGUUGUUUAAUUUUAUUCUGUGCUUUCUCUUGGCUCUUUGGGGCUUUCCCAGGUACACAGAUGGCUCCAUCACAAGGCAUCAUGUCAUAAAAUAGCCUUUCCCUUCCCUAUCCCCAUAAGGUGGAAGAAAGAGGAGAAAUAUAUUCCACAGCCCAAUAAUUUAUCAUUUGUAAAAUGACUUGUAAAAAUAUUACCUCGGUGGUAGAAGAUAUUCAGACUUGUUUAUGUCAGUAGAGAUAUAAAACCACUUCGUAGACCAGGGAAUCUGCUCUACAAGCAUCUAAGAGGAGAAGGUAAGACAAAGACCAUCAAAGAACAGAUGUGCCUGCUUGCCACAUGGGUAGAAUUCUGCCCCUCAGGGGACAUUGUCACCAAGAGUAGUGCACUUAUCUCUGGAAGGAUGAGUUGGCUUGUGCCAUGACCCCAGCCAAUCAGAGCCUGGUGUACCCUUCAAAGUCAAUGUGCGUGGCAAGUUCCACUGUGGCAUUCCACUCCCAAGAACCGUUCUGACAGUCACCAAAGUAGCAUAACAGGGAAUACGAUUUGUUUUUUAUGUAAGGAAAAGUAUAGGCAGCACAGAGCCCGUCUGGGGCUCAUGUGACAGCAGGAAAAAACAUGGCCAUGUGCUUUGUGCACAACCUGAAACACCUCUGUCCCUGGCACUGCUUUAAGUGGAAGACCCAGGAACCAGUUUAGCUCUGGCAUUAGUUUUUAUGGCAGGAAUUCUAAACCUGACCACAGGCAGUGCAUAAUCUCUGAAGUCCACCCCUGCUCAAACAGUGUCUUAUCUGGUAUCUAGUACCUGCUUUUAGUAACAAGGGGUCCUCAGUUCUGUGCAGGCAGCUCGUAUGGAAUCAGUUUACUCUUAAGAACUCUUAGUAGGGACAUCAAAA